AUGGUGACUCGUAUGCGUCCGCACCUUCGGUAUCUUGACGGAAACAAGGGGGACGAGAUAGCUCCGGACCAACUUGCACGCCUGUAUCAGAUUAUUGCGGAGCUGCGGGAGCAGUCGAUCCUGGCUCGUGAAAAUGUGGUAAGCCUCCGGGAGGAAAAUACGCGGUUCCAUUGCGAGUUGGAUGAGGCGCAGAGGGUGAAUGAUCAGGCGCGGCAGGAAGUGUGGAAGGCCAUCGAGGAGUCGCGCGUGGUGGAGAAGACUCUGGACAGUGAGGGAGAGGUACGGGGUCGUGCUCCGAGCCCUUCCUCCUAA